AUGAGAGAUACAAGCGAGACGGUAGCUAUCAACCAUGAAGGAGGUAUAACGACCCCGCUGAUCAAAUCUAGGUGGGAGACGGCACUACUCGGCACUCUGGCCGGGGCAGCUGUGGUGUUUCUGUGCAUCCUCAUCGCGCUGGCGUGCCGGGGGAACGGCCGGAGUAUGCGGGACAACCCGAAGCUAGUCGCCAUCAGCCCGCCCAUCUACAGCUACCACCCCAGCUACAAGCAGUCCAUGGAGUUACGGAGUCUGCGUCACACUGACUCAACGUCAUCAACUGUCGUCACUAGAUCAGGGAAAGUUUUUGCCAGGGCGCUGUGCGACUACAGCCCACAGGACGAUAACGAGCUGCCACUGCAAACCAAUGACGUCAUCGAGGUGCUGAGCGACCAAAAUGGCGGCUGGUGGUUUGGAUCCGUCCAGGGAAAAGUUGGCUUGUUUCCCGCCAAAUGUGUGGAGAUUCUCGUCUGCAAGGACAGACAAGAUGGUAAGAAGUGCUACGCGCGUGCGCUGUACGACUACGACCCCUGUGAGGAGGGUGAACUGCAGCUGCAGGUUGGUGACGUCAUGGAGAUCGUGAGUAGGGAGGACCCCGGCUGGUGGUACGGCUACCUGCGGGGGAAAGUCGGGCUCUUCCCGUCCAACUACGUCGAAGUGGUCCCGGAAAGUUCCGUAGGGGAUCUAUCGGAGCUCUCCCCAAUUAGGAGCAGGGAGCCCGAUGUGACGCUGGGGGCCUCCUCGGCGUCGACACUGCCGGCGGCAGACGUGCAACUUCUCUCCUCCAAGGCGAAUGGACAACACCGAGCGAGCUGUGCUGUGCACAGUUCCACCAAGAGGUGCAACUCCGGCUACGGCGGAGACCAGGACUCGUCAGGCUACCCCGACUCGUCAGGAUACGGCAUGGAGGAAGACUCUAAUACUUCCCACGAACAAUACGAGUUUCGCAACUACCAAAAGCCGUCCAGAAGGAAAAGCAGCUCCUCAAACAAAGGGCGGAAGUUGACCCGACGCUCAUCGGAACCAGUGAGCAACUCGUCUAACCCGGAAGCAGAUAACUGCCAACCGGAAGUGUGUCAUUGUAACGAGUGUAGCGAAGCAAAUCAAGGACAAUACACUACCACACACCCAGCUGAACAGCCCCGGAGUGCGUCUCAGAACAACUGCGAUCAGAACACGAUAGACAAUCGCGACUCGCGCACUCGACACAGUUCGAGGAGAUCGUCCUCCGCUCGGUGCCAUUCGUCGCGUUCUGACUCCCUUCGCUGCCAUUCGGACAACUCCGGCUCUUUCCGCUGCUUCGACGGUUAUCCCGAGAGCGUGUACGGCGGCAGCGACACUAACGUGGAGCGCUACUAUUUACGGCCCGAAGGCGAGAGGCAGGAGCCUGAUAGCUUUCUGGGCUCGAGUGUCAGCGGCUCUUUUCCCCCGUCGGACCAAAUUGACAGCUCCCUUGAAGGUUCCGACAAUGAGGUUAGAAGAUACGACUCAGACGGGCUGCAUAGCAUUGAAGCCUGAUUGCAUUUCAAACCUAGGAGAUGCUCUCCAGGCUCAAAGGCCAUGCAGUCCGCCAUAUAUCUUUAAAUCACUGGAACCAUAACCGUCGGCGUGUAAACGUCUUUUUCUUGUAUCUAUCAUAAAGGGAAGAAACAAGAGACAGCAGGCUUUUAAUCGCGUUUGUCUGUAUCUAUAUGACACGGGGGUUUAUAUGCUGUAAAGAGGGCCAAUGAUAUGGUGCUUGAGCAUGCGCAAUAGACGGUUCUCUCCA